AUGACGGUGGUGAAGGUGGAGGAGGUGGCGAAGGUGGACGAGAACCCUGCGCUGGUUGGAGAGAACCCUCCACUGGACGAUGAGGCCGAGACGGGGUACGUCUCGCCCGACGAUGAGGACGGCGACGACGAAGACGACGAGACCGACAGCGACGGGGACUACGAGAUCCCCAGCGGCGGCGGCGUGCCCGAGCUGAAGAAGGGCCCCUGGACGCCCGACGAGGACAAGCGUCUCAAGAGCUACGUCGAGGCGCACGGCGAGGGGAACUGGAACGAGGUGCAGCGGAACGCCGGGCUCAACCGCUGCGGCAAGAGCUGCCGCCUCCGCUGGGCCAACCACCUCAGGCCCAAUCUCAAGAAGGGGCCCUUCGACGCUGAGGAGGUCGACAAGAUCAUCAGGUUCCACAUCAUGUGGGGCAACAAGUGGGCCAAGAUGGCCUCGCAUUUGCCUGGUCGCACAGAUAAUGAAAUUAAAAACUAUUGGAAUACCAGAUUGAAGAGGAAUCAGAGACAUGGUUUGCCUAUCUAUCCAGAAUAUAUGCUUUCUCAGGUUAUGCAUCCGCAUCAAGACAUGAACUGUGAAACUCCUGGAGAGUCACAUGGCAAGAAACAGUUAAAUGAGUAUGCAAAAGAAAAGGCUGUUGAUAUGCAUGAUCUUAUAGAUGAGGUAAUGACAUUUCAGCACCUUGACUAUGACAAGGAUCCAGUGGUUCCAACAAAACCUUUGAAACGCUAUGCAUCUACUGGUAGUCUGCAAAUUCCUGAUGAGAUUGAUAAAACCUUUUGUUCCACUGAUUUGAACUUUGUAUUGACAAAGAGUCAGUCGGUGCCUCUUGAAUCCAUCUCGUUACAAACCACUGGUCUGCUGGGUGCAAACGUUCACAACAGUGAUAUACUUGAUGACCCCACAAAGUCUGGAAGAUCUUUUGAAAUACCGAUUCCAAUGGUAUACCCUAUGAUGCAUUCUUCUUCAGUCUUUGGUAACUCUGAACAUGAGGGCUGUCCGAUUACUAAAAUUCAAGCUUCAAACUUAUCUUCAGGUUCAGAUGCUGUUUUCAAUCUCGGCCAGUGUUAUCCAGUUGCUAGUUUUUCUGAUCCUGGGAUCCCUGAUACACCACUAGGAGCAAGUUUCUAUAAUACACCACCAGAAGCAAGUUUCUUGAAUGAUACUACACCACUAGAAGCAAGUUUCUUGAAUGAUAAUUUGAAGGACCAGUCACAUCUCUACUGGCAGGAACGUAAGCCGUUGACUGAUGGAGGCCAAUGGUUUGAUCCUUGUCACAAGCUUGACUUCCCAGGUCCGUGA